GGGUUUCACCAACAUCUGGCGGGCCCGAAGGCUUGGCUGUGUUGAUCCCCGGAGACAUGGUCCCAGGCGGGCCAUAUCUCCAUUGAAUGCACAUGACCACCCGCGCUAUUCAUGUCCAUGCUGCUGAUAUUAUUCUUCGCGUUCCCCGUCUCCUUCCUCGAGCUACAACAUGAAAAAUGCUACUCGCUCGCCUCGAAGCGCUCGGUCCGAUCAUCUCGACUCUCAUAUCAAUAUCGGGCACACCAGGCCUUAGUCUCGGCGUAUUGCACCCAUCCCUCCCUCCGUUGAACAGCUCACAGGAAGCGCACGUCUACACCGCCAACUUCGGCUACCGCGACGUUUCGGCGCGCCAACCACCAACCGAGAACACGACGUACGUGAUCGGGUCGCUGACGAAAGGCAUAACCGCGGCGCUGCUUGGCCAACUCGUCGAUGCCGACGCCGUGAGCUGGAGCACGCAGCUGCACACGCUGGUGCCAUACACGCGCGAUGCCGACGAUCCCGCCGCGAACAUCACGCUCGAAGACCUGCUCAGCCACCGCUCGGGGCUGCCCGGCUACAAUGCCUACUGGCUGCAGUCAGGGAAUACUCCCGUGCUGCCGCGGAGGGAGGCCGUGCGGAUCCUGAGCGCUGUGCCCGCCGCGGCACCGGUGCGCACCGCAUUUGUGUACAACAAUCUCGCCUACGAGGUCGCGGGCCAGGUGCUCGAGCGACUGGCCGGGGCGCCGUACGCGAAGGUGUUGGCGCGAGUGACGGACGCGUUGGGAAUGCGCAAUACGUGGUUGGGUGAAGACCUCGGACGGCAUGUCGACACAGCAAAGGCGUAUGCGACGCUCCGGAACGGCAGUGCGGUUGAGAUCCCUUUGCCGCUGCGCGGAAGCGAUAGUCUGAUCGGUGCAGCUGCCGGAAUCCGAAGUUGUGUUUCCGACCUACUGGAGCUGUACCGCGGAUUUAUGGCUGCGGGAAACUCGGCGCUGGGCUUGCAGACAACUCGCGGCGGCGGCGGCAACAACAACCCACUGCGACAACUCCCGACGCUUUGGAAGCCUCACAUCGCGCUACCGUUCCCCUCGCUCCGCGAGUACACUUACGCCCUCGGCUGGGUGCGAGCAGAACUACCCACGCAGCUCUCAUUCACAGGGCCAGACACCGUGCCACCAGAGAGCCCCUACCUCCUCCCGCCGAUCGUCGGCUUCGGCGCACCGAGCCGGCUCGCGCUCGUGCACUCGGGCAACCUUCCGGGAUCCGUCGCCUACGCAGCGCUAUUCCCCGAAUCCAGCGCGGCGGUAGUAGUUCUCGCAAACAGCGUCGCACUAACCGACACCGCUCGCCUAGUCGCGGGCGUUCUCAUCGACGCGCUAUUCGCACCAUCCGACAGCUCGCAGCAACGCCGCGAAGAACGCUGGAACGAGCACAUUUCGUACGCGCGGGUGACCGCCGAGGCGGGAAAACACUGGGUCGAGCGGAUGGCGCGCGAGCUCCACGGUGGAAAAACCGUGCGCCGUCCUGUGCGCCCGCUGCACGCGUAUACUGGCCGCUACUGGAAUGGCCUGGGGAACUUCUAUAUCGACGUGCGCGUCGUGGGAAACGCGCUGCAGGUGCUAUUUCUCGGCACUGAGGAUAACGCGUUCGCGCUGGAGCCGUGGAGGAAAGAUAGUUUCUUUUGGUUGACCACCGAUCAUGAUGGCCUGGCGGCGAAGGCGAGGUAUACGACGUGGUCGGCGGAGUACUAUGUUCUCAGCUUUGGCUGCGCGAGGAAAGGGGCGCCGGGAUGUCUCGUCUGGAAACAUGAGGCUGCUGUGGCGGGUGACGGAGAGGUUUUUUGGAAGGACGAGCAGAUGCCGCGGCAGCGGAAGCAGCUGCAGACGGUGGUAAGGUCUUAGGAUGGGGUUGUGCAGACGUUUUUCUUCAUCCUUCCCUUCUACCCGCGUUUCGUUCUUGUUUUCGGCCGGCGCUUGUGCGGUUCGGAGGACAGAGAGUUCUUUCU